AUGCCUGGAGCCCUGGAGCUUCCAGGAGCGCUUCAGCGCUCUCAUGUGCCAGGUCCGGCGCUGUUCAUCGCCGCCGUCACGAAGCUGAAACACCUGAUCCAAGCAAAGGAGGCCGCGCUGCAGAAGGAAAGCGUGGCACUGGACCUCGCUUCGGCUACGCUGGCGCACAUGGCCCAGUGCGAGCAGCAGUUCCGCAGCGAAUUCAGCGGCGAGCUGGACAAGGCCAAAGAAUCCGAGCAGGAAGCGUCCCGGCUCACAGCGGCGCUCGAGGACCUGCACAAGGAUGUGAAAGAGGUCGACGCCGAAGCAGUGCAGAUUUGCGAGCGCAUCGCCCAGACCACAGCGGAGAUGGAGAAGUUGGAGCAGGAUGUGUCUGAAACGAUGGCGGACGUUCAGCAGGAGCUGAGAAUGGCAACCUUGGAUUUGAGGGCCGUGCCGCAAGCCAUCAUCGACGACUUCAGGGAGGCCGGGCCCCCCUCGGAGACCCUGCAGCUGGUCUUCUUCGCUUUCCUGGACGCCCUGGGCGUGGCGGAGUCCUGGGAAGGCGUCGUCAGCCUCUUUUCAGGCGACUUCGCCCAGCAGCUCCAGGACCUGGAGCUGGACGACAUGUUGCCCACGACAGCCCGGGCACAAUACCUCAAGCGGAAGGGAGACAUCCGGGACAUGCUGCGACAGAAGGUGCGUGUCCUCAAGGGAGUUCGCGGCAAAAUUCAGAAAGUCGAGGAAGAGUUGAAGGACGCAGGGGAAGCGCCGUCGGAAAGUUUUUCGUCCGGAUCAAGUGUGCGUGCAUGCAGUUCCAGCAGCUCAGACUCCGACGACGUCGCGCAGGACGUCCAACCAAUCAAGAAAGCCAGCAAAGUGGCCACAGCACCAGCAAUGACGUCGCGCGGUGCUCGUCCGCAGAACUGA